UGUGUUCGAGGUCGCUGAUGAAAAUAAGUCAUGAUAACAACAUGUGCAAUGUACUGCCGGCUACUUUUCUGGUUACUUAAUGUUAUUCUUUUUUGCUUCUUCUCGUUACAGAGAACACAAACAGCAGAUGAACUAUGAAUGCUGAACACAAUGAUCUCUUCCCUCCAGCGCCAGACAAUGAGAGGUCGUAGGCUGAAGGGGGCACUAUCCAACCCCCUCUUUGUGCUGCUUUUGGCCCUUCAGAUCCUGGUGGUGGCUGGGCUGGUUCGUGCUCAGACCUGUCCUUCCGUCUGCUCAUGCAGUAACCAGUUCAGCAAAGUCAUAUGCACGCGCCGCAGUCUAAGGGAUGUUCCAGAUGGCAUUUCUACCAACACUCGCUACCUGAACCUCCAGGAUAACCUCAUUCAGGUAAUCAAGGUGGACAGUUUUAAACAUCUGCGCCAUCUGGAGAUCCUGCAACUGAGCAAGAAUCACAUCCGCAGCAUUGAAAUUGGCGCCUUCAAUGGGCUGGCCAGUCUCAACACCUUGGAGCUCUUUGAUAAUCGGCUCACGACAAUCCCCAAUGGAGCAUUCGAGUACUUGUCCAAGCUGAAAGAAUUGUGGCUAAGAAACAACCCCAUCGAAAGUAUACCAUCUUAUGCCUUCAACCGGGUCCCCUCGCUUCGAAGGCUGGAUCUAGGUGAGCUCAAACGUCUCUCCUAUAUUUCUGACGGGGCUUUCAAGGACCUGAGCAAUCUCCGCUACCUGAACCUGGGAAUGUGCAAUCUCAAAGAGAUCCCCAACAUCUUACCUUUGGUAAGGCUUGAAGAGCUAGAAAUGUCAGGUAACCAGCUCUCUGUUAUAAAGCCCAGUUCAUUUACAGGGCUAGUGAACCUCCAGAAGCUAUGGAUGAUGCAUGCCCAGAUUCAAACUAUUGAGAGGAAUUCCUUUGACGACCUUCAGUCACUGGUAGAGCUCAACCUGGCUCAUAACAACCUUACAUUUCUACCCCAUGACCUCUUCACACCGUUACAUCGCUUAGAGCGGGUCCACCUCCAUCACAAUCCUUGGAAUUGCAACUGUGAUAUUCUGUGGCUCAGCUGGUGGCUGAAGGAAACUGUACCAGCCAAUACCAGCUGCUGUGCACGUUGCCAUACUCCUUCAACGUUGAAAGGUCGCUACAUUGGAGAACUGGACCACAGCUACUUUCAAUGUGAUGUCCCUGUUAUUGUGGAGCCACCCAGUGACUUGAAUGUGACCGAAGGCAUGGGUGCAGAGCUUAAAUGUCGUACAAGCUCGGUGACCUCCAUCAGCUGGCUUACACCAAACGGCUCACUGGUGACUCACGGGGCCUACAAAGUGCGUUUGUCUGUCCUCAAUGAUGGGACGCUGAACUUUACUAGCGUCACAAUGCAGGACACUGGGACUUACACCUGUAUGGUUAGCAACACAGCAGGCAACAUUUCUGCCUCCGCUGUGCUUAAUGUCACUUCUUUGGACAGCAGUGGGGUGACCUAUUUUACCACAGUCACAGUUGAGACCACUGACAUGAUGGGGGAGGAUAGCCAAACACCACUUCCCCCAUUUGGCUGGGUGUCUUCCUCAACAACAAAAGGUACUCCUGUUUCCACAAGGACCACAGAGCGGACUUACACCAUUCCAGUUCUUGAUCCGGAGGGAGAGGGAUCCCUGGAUGAGGUGAUGAAAACCACUAAGAUUAUCAUUGGCUGCUUCGUGGCCAUCACACUCAUGGCUGCUGUUCUGCUGGUUAUUUUCUACAAGAUGAGGAAGCAACACAACCAGCAGGAUCCCGAUGGCCCUGCCUCCUCCAUGGAGGUCAUUACCGUUGAAGAAGAGCUCGCAGGUGUUGCUGCCAUGGAGAGACACCUAUCGCUGCCCCCUCUGGAGCACUACAACCACUACAACACCUACAAGAGCUCUUAUCACCAUCCUCCUAUGCUCAGUACCAUACACAGCUCAGCCACACAGGAACCUUUACUGAUUCAAGCUUGCUCAAAAGACAAUGUACAAGAGACCCAAAUCUGAUUUUAAAUUUGACUAAAUGUCCAGCAUCAGCCGUUACACACUUGGAGUACAAUGGACCAAAACGCAAAGAUAAAGGAAAUUGAAUGCCAUUGACUUCACAGAGUUGAUGUCAAUUAUGGCAAUUAGUCAGCAUUUGGCAAAGGGACGACAUAUGAAACUUUAAAAAGUGUCUUUACAAAAACAAAGAUUAUUUAUUAAAAAUAUGUCUAGUGGCUAAAUGAAGAAAAACAAUUUGUGAUAGCUUUUUAGCUCACUUUAUUUCUCUCUCUCUCUCUCUCUCUCUCUCUCUCUGUGUAAUACCGCACAAGGGAAAGAAUGGUUUGCUAAAACGGAAACUGAAAGGUAUCAAAUGCAGCAUUCACUAUUUCCAUUGGCCUUAAACUCUAAUGAAUGCAAUGCUUUUCAUUCACUACUUACAUUUUAUCUGAUAACACAGUUUAUUGAAGGACAAUGCCCAAGUAUUUACAAGCAUUUAUUUAGUAGUGCAACACACCAGUUCCAAUUUGAAGGAAGUUUAUGAAACGUGAAAACAUAAAAUGACUUUUUCUUUUCUUCGCCAUGCUAUUCUAGCUGUCACUCAACACAAAAUUAGAUCUUUUAAUGGCACGGCUCUGGAUGAUAUCACAGCGAAGCCAGCGUGCCUGAGGAGCAAAGCUGCCAAAUGAGUAAAUGUGCAUUUCCCCUGUGGCUUCUAAACAACAGCCAUAUAUCCUUCACUUUAAUUAAGAUUAAGGUCUUGCUCCCACUCCUCCUCCUACUUUUUCUCUACACUCUUGACACUUUACCUUGACUGUCUUUUUUUUUCCGCCUUCACCUCCCCCUCCCUCUUCAUACCUCCAUGAAUUCUCCAUGUUGCCGUUUUACCCUCUGUCUGCUUUUCCUCCAUGUCCUCUUGCUUCUUUGUCUCGCUGUCACGUAGCUCGGGCACGUUCCUCACCCCUCGCCAUGUCUCAUUUGUCUCGCUUUAUCCGCCGGCAUGUGCCGCACGAUGGCAGAAUAUUGCUUAGGAAAAUGACGGGAAGCAUAAGGCUGUGGUCUGUAGCCUCCCUGUUAACCCAGUAAUGAUCUACGUCCACUCAGUGUCGCAUUACCUUGCCAUCACCCCAGGGUCACACAAGCUCAGGCGCUGAUAGUCCAUCUGUUAGAACAGAUAAAGAGGCAAAUGAGGCUGCUUUGUAAUGUAGUGUGACCCUGUCAGACUAAAGCAGACGGAGCUAACAUAGUCAGUGAAGCAGCUAGGAACCUGCAACAAAAUAAGGGAAGAUGGGUUAUAGCUCAUUAAUCUGUAUCAGCAGUUCAUUUGCAGGCUAACAGAGGAAAGCUGAUAAGGAAACAGCACGAGACUUUUUCACUUUCCCUUUACCCAACAUCUAACAGGGGGUAGAGGCCUUUGAUAUUGAAGCGACCCCCACUCGGUCUCAUUUUUUCUUUUCUUUUUUUCUUCGAGGAAAACAAACACACACUCUCUUUGAUGAUGCAUCAUUUAUAGACCAUCAAAACAUUGUCUCUCCUGUAGUCUGUUUACGCUCCGCUUUUUCAUUUAGUCUUUCAAAGGAGAAGGCUUAAGGAAAGGGGAAGGUAGAAUUGAAAAGUGAAGAACAGCAGUUGGGUAGAGGGAGUCAGACCUACAAUGGUCACGAGGGGUCUUCAAACAGAGAUAUUGCAGAUAUGAAGAGAGGAGUGAAAAAAUAGAUAAGAAAUAAGGAGGAAAAACUAGCCAUCAGCCUGUCGCCAUGGAAACAGUGACCUUGUACAGAAAGUAAGAGGAGGUAGAUAUGCCUUUCGCUUUGGUCUCUGUGCAACAAGCAUAUUUUAAUGUGUCCCACUGGCCACUUCACAGAUACAUCUGAUCAUCGACAGAACUGGCAAAAUGAAAUGUAGCCUUAUAUUUACAGAUUGCUCUGGAUGGGAUAUGACCCACACGUGAUGUCUCUGCGUUUGAGUUAUUUAAUGUAAAUCGUCACAUGCUGUAACAAAAAAAAAACAAAAAAAACCCCCAAAGAGUUGACAAUUUAGCUGUCCAGGCAGUUCCACUUGCUUUCAUCAAUGUGAGGUCUGCUAGAAGUAUGAGGGGAAGGGAGCGCUGAAUAUUCAGAAACCUCUCCCGCUCUCGCUCUCUCUAAAUGAAUUCUUUUGUUUUCUACAAUAGCAGUUAGAUGGCGAAUAACGAACAUGAUGGAAAAUAUGCAUUUAAAGACUUGGUUAUGAGAGAGAAACAGUAACUUGUUCCCCGUCAGGGUUGGAAUUUAUUGAUUGGUAAAGCCAGUGAGUGAACCAUUCUUUCCCUUUCCACUGUUUCAUUUUUUUUUCAAUGCUCAAUUCCUUUUCAACGCUUUUGGUGGCUUAAUGAUUCAAUGUUGACGCUGGCUACAGUGAAAAAAAAACCAAGGUUCAGAUUUUUUUUAUAUAUAUAUAUACUUGGGGAUGAGGGUUGUGAGUUAUUCAGAAUGAAUGGAAUGUCUCUGUAUUGGUAUUUACUUUAGUUGGACAGUGUAAGAUUGAAGAUCUUUGAAAGCCAGAAUGGAUUUAGGACUGAAUACAGAAUGUUGGACUUGAAAUACCAGCAGAGUGAGCUUGAUUUUUGUGCAAAAUCCUUAGCCAAGGUGAUUCCAAUUCUUGUGUGUUAUUCUGCCAACUGUCCAUGUAUGGGGAGGGAUACUUAUAUGUUGGGGACAUUCUCUCUCAUUUUCGGAGAGAGUAUUCAUCACACGGUUAAAUUUCUACAAAAGGAAAAAAAAAAAUAUUUUCAAAAACACAUUGCAAAAAAGAAAAAAAAAAUUCAGAUCAUAAUUUUACAUGUGCUUCGAUUGUUUAAAAAAAAUGACAAAAAAGCAAAAACAAAAAAGAAGAAAAAAAACAACAAGAGACUGUGCUUGUAAGGAGUCCAACUAAUUUCCCUGAGGAUGAUGUUCAAUUAUUGAUACAUGAGAUUGUAGUUCAUACUGUACAUGAAUACAAAUAAAAAUUGCAAUUCUUUUUUUUUUUUCAAUAGAUUCCAUGGAUGUAUUAUUACCAGACAUCUUGUCACCAUUUUUGCUGUCUUUGUCCCAUUUGCACAUGAACACAUGUAAAGAAAGACUCGAACAAAAGCGAUUGCUAAGCAGCUCAAAGAAGUCUGA